AUGAAUCGUGCUCUGCUCAACCCCUUCGCAUCCCAGGACCUGCCCAAGGGCGUCGAGGACAUACUCGAGCGCGACAAGGCCACCUGCGUCUGCUUCAACCGCCACGGAAACCUUCUCGCUGUCGGCACCGUACACGGCCACGUCACGCUAUGGGACUUUGAUACACGCUCCGUAGCCGCCAUUCUUGAGACGGGAAGGGACGACGCCCUUCGCAUCCUCGAUGUCGCGUUUCCGGCUCCGGGGAAUGGCUCCGCAGUUCUCGUCGCCUACCAUCCGUCUACGGUCCGCGUGUUUGAUACCCUGUCCGCACGAGUUCUUUGUGAGCUCACGUUUGAAAAACAAAUCCUUAAUGUCGUUCCGCAUCCCCGCCAUGCUCUUGUGGCCAUCGUCGUCCUUCGCAAUGCGCAUCCCUUGAUAUUGCAUUUGAGACAGGGCGUCUAUCAUAUUCCCGACGCCGCCUUUCACCAUGUUCACGAUCCCAGCGUAUUGCUGUUAGCCCCUGCGAAGAACGGGCAGCAUCUGGGCUUGGCGCCCAGCUGCUCGUUCAAGUCGCCCGAGAGACCUCACAACUCAUUCGGGAAUAAGACAUUUUCCUCGCUGCCGGUGAGUGGAGACAAUAUCAAAUUUUCAGUUCUUUGUGCGAAGGAGGAGUUUGAAAAUGGCGUGUGUAAGGAGAAAAAGGGCGGUAGGAAGAAGAGCCCUUUUUGCGUAGCCUUCACAAGGUCGGGUGAUCGAAUUUUUCGGGGUGGUCCAAACGGGCUCAUACGCUCAUUUAAGUUGAUAAAGCGAAGAGAAAACGGCUUUGAUGAAGACACCACCGAAGUCACAGAGAAUGGCGAUGGCAAGUCGUUACCCAAUGCGGAGCAGGAUGAAUACCCGCCGGAUAACGAUAUUCAAACGGCGUCCUGUGUCUCCAUUAUUACUGUGCAGGGGCGGUCGGCCGUGCGUGCGAUCGUCGUCAGCCGGAAGAACGGCAAAGUUCUCGUCAACUCGCACGAUCGCUGCAUGCGUCAAUUCCUACGGGACCAGCUUCUGCAACGCGAGCUCGACAAGCCAAGCAAUACCAUCCCUGUCGUUGAACCGGUGACUACCUUCACUGAAAUUGUCAACAAAACGCAAUGCAUUUCCGCCUGUUUCUCAAGCGAUGGGGAGUAUGUCGUUGGCGGUAUGGAGGGGACCGAGCACAAGAUUCAUAUCUGGCGCGCGGUGGACGGGCAUUUAGAACUCACGCUGGAGGGAGCGCGCGAGGGAGUAUCACAAAUACAGUGGCAUCCGUUGCGUGGUGUCAUUGUUUCUUUAGGGAUUGGAAUGGGACAAGUCUACAUUUGGGCGAAGAAUGUGACAGAGAACUGGAGCGCGUUUGCGACGGAGUUUUCAGAACUGGAGGCAAACGAGGAGUACAUCGAAGCUGAAGAUGAGUUUGACCUCAAAGAACCGGAGGACGAGGAAACGCGCCUACGGGCUCGCGAGGCAGCCGAAGCUGCUGAAGUAGAUGUGGUUUCCUACGAAGACUCUGGGUGGUUUUCUUCCGACUCCGAAGAAAGGGAUACGUACUUUUAUGUGCCUGCGGAGCCGAUCCCAGACGAGAGCGACAGCGCACCAUCACUUGUGAAUGAGCUGAUAAACGCGCGGCUACGUGAAAAGCGACGACCAAAGUCACCGUCACCCGCUCUUGAGAAUGGAAGCAACCACAUACGAACAAAACCGCGGGAAUACAAACGGACGAAACAAGGUGGUAGUCGACCCGCCAAGCGCCCGAAGCACGGAAAGCGUAAGAGCGCAAGUGGAGACAGUUCAGGUGGGGAGCCGAUCGCAUUGACCUCUGCCGACGACGACUGCUUAGUGAUACCGGUGAAAAAUUAUACUGCAGUGAUUCAGGAGGAAGGGGUGGAUGUGAAGGAGUUUAACGGCACGAUGAAACCAGUGGCGGCAGACGGAAUGGAAGUGGAUGGGAGUAGCGCAGGGUAG